AUGAUGAACCCUAAGACAGAUCCUGAGAGGUAUUGGAAAGAAGAGGAACUCAAGGCUAAGGCAGAAGGGAGACCUGUUCCUGAGAGGCCACCAUCAUCGAAUUUGAAGCCUCUACCGUCAAAUCAGUGGAAUUUCGACGACGCCGGUAUUAUCAAGGAAGAUGAUACCAACGUUAAUUUCACGUAUAAGAGUGCAGCGUUGUUCGUAUGCGUCGGGUCGUUGGUCCUAUUAAUGGUAGAAUUUGCGGACUAUCAGCGUAAACACGGCGUCGGGCGGUCCCUCGCAGAAGUCGAGGAAAUCGGCAAACCGAAGUUGGGAGGUCCGUGGACCCUCGUAGACUGCCGAAAUGGUAAACCGGUGGCAUCGGAGCAGUUGAGGGGGAAAUAUUAUCUCAUUUAUUUUGGCUUUACUUUUUGUCCGGACAUAUGCCCUCAAGAACUCGAGAAAGCCGGCAAGACGGUGGACAUCAUAGAAAAGGAAUUUGGAGCUGGCACGAUAGUGCCGAUUUUCGUGACUGUUGACCCUAGUAGAGACACAUGUGCACAGACCUCCCUUUAUCUGAGUGAGUUUGAUCCACGGACGAUCGGUCUUACGGGCACUCACGAACAAAUAAAAGACAUCACCAGGAAGUUCCGCGUGUAUUACAACCAGGGUAUUCGAACUGACUCCGAGGACUAUUUGGUUGAUCAUUCGAUCAUACACUAUCUGAUGGGCCCUAAUGGGAAAUUUAUUGACUUUUAUGGGAAAAACAUGACGGCUGAGGAAAUCGCGGGAAAAAUCGGGAAGGAGAUCUACAGGUAUCGAAAACGUCGUGAAGAACGACGGCAGAGUAGAGGAGUUGAAGAUAAUGAAAAAUAA